AUGUCGCCCAACAUGUCUCUCUUCUCGGUCAAUGCCGUCCUGAUCCUGGCGGCCGACGACUCAUCGCGCAUCCUCGCCAAAUACUACUCCCCCCCUCAUGCUCCUGCAAAUGCUACGGCCAACGACUUCCCCGGCGCAAACCCAUACCCUCAACUCAAGGAUCAAAAGGCGUUCGAGAAGGGACUUUCGGAGAAGACAGCCAAGCAGAACAGUGACAUUAUCCUGUACGACAACCGAAUCGUAGUCUUCAAGAUGGAGAGCGAUAUCAUGCUUUACGUUGUCGGAGGUGCCGACGAGAACGAAAUCUUGCUCUACUCUGUUGUUCUGGCUCUGCGCGACUCUCUCAACAUUCUCCUCAAGAACUCUGUCGACAAACGCACAAUCGUUGAAAACUACGACCUAGUAUCACUUGCUAUUGACGAGAUCAUCGACGACGGGAUUGUGCUCGAGACGGACCCUGUGAUUGUUGCAUCGCGCGUCAGCAAGCCCCCUGUGCAGGACAUUAGCAGCGUGCAGGGCAUCGACCUCUCAGAAGAGGGUCUGCUCAAGGCCUGGCAGUUCGGUAAGAUGAAGCUGGGCGAGAGAUUACGACAGGGUCUGUAG